AUGGGGCUGUCAACUCAUGAAUGUGAAGAUAGUGAAGAAUGUAACGUUGUAACACUUGGUAUCGGAAAUGAUACGAUAGUUGAAGAGAUGCUCUUUAAAAGAAUAUCAAAAAAAUGUAAUUUUUUCGGAGCGGAUCCUGUCGCAGUAGUAAACAAACAGUUAUAUCAACGUUUCGGAAAAUUCUUCAAAAUAGCUGUUGGAGCAACUAAUGGCGUAAAGAAUGCUACCGUGUAUAUUAAAGACAAUAACGUCUGGAAAUAUCAGUCUGUGCCUGUCCAACAUUUUGAUUUAUUAAGGUUUCUGAAAAAGUGUGUCAAAGUAAAAACUGUGAUUGACUACCUGUUGAUGGAUGUCGAGGGAACAGAGUACGAUAUGCUUCCAUAUUUCUUGCCGGAUGGAGCCUUGGAUAUGAACGGCAUUAUAGUGUGCCAGUGGACUUGUGAAUUUCAUAAACCAGACAAAAAACAAGUGGAAAAAUUUGGCCGCUUUAUGUUAGAGAAUCUACAAUUUGGAAAGUACUUGCCAUUCCGAUUAGAACAGGACACAAGACAUGUGGUUAUUCGAUCUACAUUUUUGAACACAGUUGACAAGGUCUGUCUGGAAAGGUAUUUUGAAAACUGUGCUCAGCGACCACAUGAAAAAUAG